AUGUUGCUCUUGAUGGACGAAGUUUUCGAUCUGAAAUGUAGAAAUCAAUGGCUGCGGAGGAGGAUAGUAACGUUGCUGAGACAAAUCGUCCGUACCAUGUUCGGUGAUAUCGUGAACCGCAGGAUAUUGGAAUAUGUGUCUUUUAUAACUAGUCCCAAAAGGGUGGCUCACUAUUUGAACGUAUUCAAACAUUCCUUUUGGCCCAACGGCGCUAGAAAUGAUAAGAAGUUGGAUCGGGAUCAAGAUACCAAAAAUAGAACCAGAGUAGCUGCCAAAGUAGCACUUCUGUCUUGUUUAUCAGAUGAGUUGAAACACAUAAUCGGUUCGGAGACCACAAGGCGAGGCUUACUUACUAUUUUCGAUCUUUUCCAAAGACCGAUUCUCAACCGUAGACUGCUGUACGUGCUGUUGGAAGGGGUGUUGUGUACUUUAUUUCCCGACAAAGACAUGAACAGGCUGUUCAUCAAACUCUACUCCAAGUCGAAGAAGUCGGAUCAGAAGAAUACUCUCAACGUUAGGUGA